AUGGCUAUGGUUACUACUUUAAAUGCUAAGGCGAAACUAGGAUUUGUUACUGGCACCUGUAUCAAACCACCAGAGAACACAAUUGCACAUUUGAGGUGGUCUAGGGCUAAUAGUAUGAUUCGUUCUUGGAUUUUGAAUGCCAUUGAUAGCAGUCAUGUGAGUAGUUUUAUGUUCAUAGAAGAUGCUAAACAACUGUGGGAUAUAAUUGCACUUCGCUGUGGGAAGAUUAAGGGUUCACUGGUUUAUCAACUUAGAAGAGAGUUAACACUUGUAAAACAAGGAGAAAUGAACAUGAUUGAAUAUUACAACAAGUUAAACAAACUAUGGGCUGAGUAUAACCAAUGGAGACCACCAAUUGCUUGUAAAUUUAAUGGUAACAAUAGUUUGAAGCACAAAUUACAGAGGAUAAGGUGUAUCAGUUACUGA